CUGUUCCUAAUCGAGCAGGGGGUUUGUACUUUGUACUCGUAGUGCCACCGAGCGGCAGAACCAAUCCACAGCAGAGCCAGAGUUCAAAAGAAAGAGAAUAUGGGAUUCAUCGGAGAAACCAUGGAUUCCCUCAAAUCCAUCCAGAUCCGUCAAGUGCUCACCCAGGCCGUCAGCCUUGGCAUGAUUGUCACAUCUGCUCUAAUAAUAUGGAAGGCAUUGAUGUGCGUUACUGGCAGUGAAUCUCCUGUUGUUGUUGUUCUUUCUGGGAGCAUGGAACCUGGUUUUAAGCGGGGGGACAUAUUAUUCUUGCACAUGGGUAAAGAUCCUAUUCGUGCAGGGGAGAUUGUUGUUUUCAAUAUUGAUGGCCGUGAAAUUCCAAUUGUCCAUCGUGUAAUCAAGGUUCAUGAACGGCAAGAUACUGGUGAAGUUGAUAUUCUCACAAAAGGGGAUAACAAUUAUGGGGAUGAUAGACUUUUGUAUGCUCAAGGUCAGCUCUGGCUUCAGCGGCAACACAUUAUGGGCAGGGCUGUUGGAUUCUUGCCUUAUGUUGGCUGGGUGACAAUCAUCAUGACUGAAAAACCGAUCAUAAAGUAUAUUCUUAUUGGAGCAUUGGGUUUGCUUGUGAUAACUUCAAAGGACUAGAGAUUAAUCAAACAAGGAAUUUGAAUGCGGCUUUAUAUUGUUGGCAUCUGAGGCUUCUUUUGUGGUCUCUUCUUAACUGAUUAUCCAUCUAGUUGGUCUGGCCCUCUGAUUUCAUUCAUGUCAGGAUUUAUAUGACCUUGCGAAAGAUGUGAUAUGGCAUUUGAUAGAAUUUUAUUUGAUGAUUUUAACCAUUUUAU